ACGGCGCAAGCACCAGAGCACAAACCGCCACGCCAUUCUUAAUACUUUUCUCUCUUCCGCUCUGUGGGCGCUUUCCACUCUCCCACAAUAAUCUUAAUAAUAAUAAAUCCAGAUUAUCGUCUUUUUGCGUUUCUGUUGUGGAAUUUAAAUUGUUGAAGAUUUGGGGUCGAUUCGUGCUCUUAUAUAGAGAACGCAAACAGUAUGGUCAGAGCAUAUUCACAAGAGCACACUUAUAAGCAUCCAUGGGAGCGAGUGACUACUGCAUCGUGGCGAAAGUUUGCUGAUCCUGAAAACAAACGCGUCCUAUCACACAUCCGUGCAGUUGACACUUUGAACCACAAGCUUGACUCCAGUUCAGGGAAGCUUUACACUACUCGUGCUGUCACCAUCCAUGCUCCAGGACCAUGGUUCAUUUCCAAAAUCACCGGUCAGGACUCCUGUCAUUGUGUCGAAUCAACUGUUGUUGAUGCCCAAUCUCGCUCAAUGCAGAUAUCCACUCGUAACAUCAGUCUUGAGAAGUUCAUUGAAGUGGAAGAGAAGAUCCGAUACGAUCCUCAUCCAGAGAAUCCUAAUGGAUGGACAAUUUGUAGGCAGGAAACUAGUAUUAGGAUAAAGCCCCUGUCAGCGUUGGCAUCAAUGGCGGAAAAGAUAGAGCAGAAAUGUGCUGAGAGGUUCCAGCAAAACAGUGCUAAAGGCAGGGAAGUGAUGGAAAGGAUGUGCAAGUAUCUCGAAACUGAAUCAAGUGGCAUUUCAAUGUGACCUGUUUGCUUAACUUUGAACAAACUUCUUCAAUGCUAAUUCUUAGGGGCUCCGACCUGUUGGAGGGUAAGUUUUUUGUUUUUGUGAAACAAAAAAAAAAGAGAGAAUAGGCUCUUCCUUUAGCUUUGUAGAACUGGAUGUAAAAUCAUAGUUCAUGCAGGGGCAGUCUGGUGAGAUGCAGAUAGCCAAAUGCAUCUCUGUGGAAAAAUAAUGACUUUCAGAGAUGAGAGUGUUGUGCCCAUUGAUUCUCUUUUCAUUUUGUUUCUCAAGACUCCCUUCCAUUUUCAGUAAUGAUCUUGUUUUGAGUAGGGACCUUCUCCCAUUCACCCUUUCUCCAACUUUGUGUGAUGAUUUUUAUCUGUCAUACUUGUCCCCCGCAUUUAACAUUGUGACAAUUACUUUCUGUACAA